AUGCAGUCGUCAGAUGAAGGAGAUGAUCCGAUGCCACGUGAUGAUGAAGAAUUAAAAACAAAAAAAGAUAAAUAUAAAGUGUUGGCACUACUUGGAAAAGGAGGAUAUGGUGCAGUUUAUUCAGUUCUCCGACUAUCAGAUUCGGAGAAAUUCGCAAUCAAAUGUGAGAAUGCGAAUACUUGUCGGAAGGCACUCUACAUGGAUUGUAAUGUUCUAAAAGGAGCGGCUCAAAUCAAAAGUCGACAUUUCUGUACAGUUGUUGAUCAGGCUGCAGUCAAAGAUCGAUUCAAUUUUAUCGUUAUGAAAUUAAUCGGAAAAAAUCUUUGGGAUUUGCGAAUGGAUACUCCAGAAUGUCGUUUUUCAUUGGGAACAGCUCUGAAAACGGCGGCUCAGUGCUUGGUUUCAAUUCAACAAUUACAUAAAUUUGGAUAUUUGCAUCGAGACAUCAAACCAGGAAAUUUCGCAGCAGGACGAAAAGAAUCAAACGAACACCAUACAAUUUUUAUGCUGGAUUUCGGUUUAUGUCGUGAAUUCGUGAAAAGAGGAGAAGGGAAGCUGAGAACUCAAAGAGCUAAUGCUCCAUUUCGUGGAACAACUCGUUAUGCUCCAUUAAAUUCAAUGUUAGAAUUGGAUACAGGAAGAAAAGAUGAUAUUGAAUCAUGGUUAUACAUGGUUGUUGAAUGGACUUCCGGAGGAUUACCAUGGAGAAAAUUGAAGGCAUCUGAUAGAGAUAAAGUACUUCAAUUCAAAAAAGAACUGAGAAAUAGAGAAGAUUUGCAAGAAGAUAUGUUCUACAGUUGUCCCAAAAAAGAAUUCUUUAGAAUUUUGAAGUACACAGACAGCCUUGAUUUCUACGCAACUCCCGAUUACGGUUUCGUUUAUUACUGUAUUAAACACGCUGCUGAUGCAAAUAAAAUAAAAGAUACAGAUCCAUUAGAUUGGGAUCCAAACACUCCAUACUUUGGACCAAUCGAAGUUCCUGGUGAUGGAGCUGUAAUUGAAUUAGAAGUAGAAAAUAGAAUGUCAGCUGAAGGAUCAAUUAAUAAAACAAGAAAAGAAAAAGGAAAAAAGAAUGAAGAAAAGGAAAAUGAGAAGUAUAGAACAAGGAAAAGGGAGAAUAAGAAGAAUGAUGAAGAUGAGAAAAUGAAAAAUAAGAAGGACCUUGAAGCUGCACUCAAAAAAUCAUAA